CAUAGACAAUCAAGGUCAUGUCACAAAUAUUAAUCGUGACAAGUCGAAUAGUUACAGCAAUUUUGGAAAAACUUGACUUUCUCUUUUUCUUUAGGCAUAGUUUAUGCAUACAAAGUGGUUUCAUUUUAGAGAUAUCGAACUUUUCGUUUUAGAAUCACUUUGGGUACACCUCAAAUUCUCAAAUGAGAGCUAAUGGCCGCCGAACACUAAUCACGAAACAGCUGAUGUGCGUCGUUUGAUUAAUCAAUUAACAUUCCUGUUUGCCCUACUGUUUCUACAUUGUUUAAAUGAUACUUUAUUGGCAAAACAGUUCUUUGUGGAAUUCAGGAUGUCACUGACCAUUCAACAAAUUAUUUUGGAUGCUAAAAGACUAGCUGGCCGUCUCAAAGAACGGGAAACCGAAGCGGAUGCUUUAUUAACUGAGACACAAUCGGCGUAUAGACAAAUUCAUACCAUGAAACAGUACAAAGAAGAAGUGGACACUCUCAAUGAAGCUUCAAGAGAAAGACCCCGGGGAGAACUGAUUGCCAGUAUUGAAAGAGAAUCUCGACUUAUGCGUGAUGUACAAAAAGAGAAUGGAGAGCUCCGCGCCGCACUGGAAGAUCACAGGAGGGCUUUGGAACUUAUUAUGUCCAAAUAUCGCCAGCACACUGAAAAGAGAAUAUGGGAAUCACGGAUAGAUUUUACAUCUGCAAUUAAUGAUAAACAGCAAGAGUUGAUUCGUCAACAAGCAGAAAGAAUUAAUGAGAUGACCAGUGUAAUGUACAAAGCUGUAACCUUGGAUGAAAAUUCUGACACAAGGAAAGAAGAAGAAUUGUACCAAAGGCUUAUUACUGAGAACAAGGGUCUUAGAGAGAUGUUGAAUCUCUCAAGGCGGUAUGGAUCUGAGCGAUCAUUAGCUCCUCCCACAGAAGAUAAGCAUGUACAAACUGAUGGACCGCCUGUUACAAGCGCGUGACGCCCCGCGGCGGACACAUGCCGCCUCUAAUGCGCUCAUUGCGCCUCUUCUAGCGCCCAACGCGCCUCUUUAUUGCGCUUAAGGGCGCCUCUUAAAUAGGUAGAUUACACUAAGCCUCCUGUCGGCACAUUUGCCUUUUUUACACUAAUCUUUGCACACAGAAUGUGAUAUAUCGUUUCUAAUAAUUCAAGGAAGUUUUUGUCUUUAAUAACCUCUUUACUGCAAUAUAGAUAUGUGAAGCCCUUAGGGCAUCUGGGGAUCAAUGAAAGUAGGUACUGAUCGCAAGUAAUAAAGUACUAAAGCAAUACCAUAAAGUUCCAGAGCUGAAAUAAAUUGGUGUUUCAUUCUACGGUAGGCAGAAAUCAAAUCUAGAAUAGUUGACAAAUACCCCUUUUCCAAUAGGGUUCCGUAGUCAAAAAAGUUUGAGAAUCGCUAUAGAAUAUCUGUUUCAAAGAUUCAACUAGAAAGUUUUUCAAAACUUUGAGGUUCUCUUUUACAUAAAGACUGGAAUACAUAGAAACAGUUUGAAAACAUCUAGGUGUUUGUGCUGUACUUUUACUUUCAUAGAACUUAAUCUGAAACCUAAGUUUCUAGUAUUAUUAGCUACUGUAAUAUAUCGCGAUCUGUGUGCAAAGUAUAUCUGAACACUGAACCAUGACUUACUUGUUUUAUUAAAUUUAUUGAUAAUUGUUUUUUCAUAUUCAAUACUUAAGAAAUUUUAUACAAUACUGUUCAUAUUUGUUUAUUGAAUGUGCAGGCAGGAAGGAUAUUCUUUUAUAAGCCACCAAUUCAGGGUGCAAUUUUCAUUUUACUGUUACUUAUACAUUUCCAAUGUGUUUUUUACCUUUAAAUAAAUGAAUUUCUAAAAUACUCUGAAAAGGUUGUGUUAAGAAAGAAUAUUUUAAUUAUAUUGUUUGGUAUGACUUGCAUUGAUUUACACCAAAAAAAGGGUUCCUUAAACCUUUUUUUUGUUAUAUAUUUGGUUAUUGUAAUUUUAUUUUUAAAUGAGUCAAUAAGAAACUUUUGAAACAAUGACGGUGGUUAAAAUUAGAAACAAAACUGCCAUUAACAGGUGCAUAUGAUUUUUUUUAGAUAUUAGUAUUAGAAAAAAAUAUGGUCUUUUAAUUUGAAGCUAUAUGAUAUUUUUUACAAU